AUGUGGGAUUUUAAUCUGUGUUUCCUGUGUCCAGGUUCCAGGUUCUGGUGUUUGCUGGAUAUUGUUCCUAUCAAGAACGAGAAGAGCGAAGUGGUUCUGUUCCUGGUUUCACACAAAGACAUCACAGCGAACAAAGACCUGGACCACAACGAUGAGUCUGGAGCUGGUGAGAAUGAGGAUAAUUCAUAAUCUCUGAUUUACAUAAAAUAAUACUAAAGAGUCUCUGCGGUCGGGGUGUAAAUCUGUCUGCAGACAGUUGGGUGGAUAUAAAGGAGGAGAAUUCAGAUUUGAUUCUUUUCCUCUCUCUCUUCGUGUCUCUGGUAUCACUUUUCUGUUUCAGAUGAGGAAACAGGUCUGCAGGUCCGCCCAGUCAGUCGUCCUCCGGGCUUUCACAGAGAGCGCCGUCGCAGUCGAGCCGUCCUUUACCAGCUGUCGGGACAUCUGCAGAGGCAAGACAAGAGCAAGAGCAAGCUGAAGAUUAACAAUGUGAGAGCGAUUCUUGUUCUAAACAGAAUCACUGAGAUGUAAAUAUUUGAGCAAAAAUAUGCCCCAUCCGCAAGAAAAUUAGUUUCUUUUUCAGGUUUUUACUUUGGAAAUAAGACAGAGUGAAGCUUCUGUUUAAGUAACUGUUGAUAAUGAAACUCAGGCUCACCACAAACAGAUGCACAGGAAGUUUCUAUUUGAGAAAACCACUGAAAUAAGGACCCUUUCUUAUCUACAAUGAAUCCAAGAGCCCCCACAAAUCUGUUUGACUUAUCCGUACUAUUUGGGUCAUUCCAUGAAAUCGGUGCCUCUUCAGCUUAGAAAAUAAAAAAUUUAAACUAUAUUUAAUUUUUAGUUUUUAAGUACCCAGGAAUCAAAAAAGUUUAAAAUGGCAGGAAAUGAUAUAGUGCCAUCUCAGGCUGUGUUAUUUCAUAUUUUAUAACCGUUUUUCUCCUGGCUGUUUUCAUAAUCUUGUCAACCCUGUUACCAACAUUAACUUAACAAAAUACAAUAUUUGUAAUUAGAAAUAUGCAAUAUAUGGUACAUAUAUUAACAGUACUUUAGUCUCUCUUUCCAUUGAGAUUAUUUUAUUUUGUGGAUUUUUUUCUCCAAUAAGAUAUUUGUCAUUCAGAUGAUCAAAUAUACCCUAAUUCUGCAUGGCGAUCACAUGUCUCAACAUAUAUCAGAUAUUUUUUAGAAGAGAAAUGUUGAAAAAUGGCCCAAUCUAAAAUUUGAUGUAAUAUAAACUAUAAUGAAAGCCUAUUUGAGUUGUCAGUUUUUACAUUUUUAUCAAAUUAAUGACAACAACAGGAUUGACGUCAUGGUAACAGGGCUGACAAGAGUAAAAGUAACUGGACACUCAGUAACUGGCUCUCCAUUGGCGCAUCAAUCAAUCAAUCAAAAAAUAAUUAUUAUCUCAAUAAUGUUCACGUGAUGACCUAAAAAUGUUUUAAUUUUAAAAGGUUAACCUUUAAAGAGAGUGCAACGAGGGUAAACACUAUUCUUUGUCAUCCCUGUGACUCACAUGUCAAAUCCUGUUACUGUGGAAAGGUAACAGGGUUGACCAUUUUAAGCUAAGCUACCUGCGGCUAUCUUAAAAAAGUGCUAUGUUAAGUGCAAGCUAGGUAGUUUGAAAGGUAAUUACUUGUAGAUAUUGAUUAUAUUUUGAGAAACUGAAAUAGUUUAGGUUUAUAUGUUAAAAAGUGGUAACAGGGUUGAGGUUGUAUGCUUCUCCCCUCUGGUUAAACCUUGAAAAAACAUCAAAAAUAGCACAUCAGAGAUGAGAGACACUUCAUUGUCACUGAGCUGUUAGCAUCCUGGUUUAGAGAGGAGCAACCUCCUGUCAAUCAUGCCAAAUCUGGAAUGUACCAUUAAUAUUUUUAGGGUUUUUUAGUUAGGGUAACAGGGUUGACAUGAAAUCAGGGGACGCCGAUAAAUUGGUAAACAUUGGUCCUAUAUACGUACAGCAAUAGUAGUGAGGGACAGGCCAAAAACCUCACCCUCAUCAGCAUAAAAGUAAUUUUAAUUAUUUUAAAUGAUAUUUAAUUGACUUUAAUUUGAUGUUGUAUGAAGGAGAGAAGACAUGGCCGUGUUAUAUUUUUAAAUUACAUAUUAAUUUGUUGUUAUAAUUUUAUGAAUGAUUUCUAUUUGGGGACACAAAAGGCACAGAUUUCAUGGAAUGACCCUUUUACAGUGAAAUGCAAAACAACCUGAAUGAACAGGGAGCCUCUAUUUAAGUAACUGAUGCUGUUGUUGGGAUGUGAUGAGCCAAGAAAGGACUUUUUGUUUUGCAGACAUAUUUGGAGGUUGAGUGUCUCUUCUUUUAUGAUCUCUCUCAGAGAAUAGCAGCAAGGCUCAGCAUAUCUGAUCAAUUCAAGUAUUAUUAUCACAGAGUGUUCUUGGAGCCAAUGCAACCCCAAUCCCAGAGUACAAGGUGGCCGACAUCCAGAAGUCCCGCUUCAUCUUGCUUCACUACGGCGCGUUCAAGGCUGGCUGGGACUGGCUGAUUCUGCUGGCAACUUUCUACGUGGCAGUGACAGUGCCGUAUAACGUCUGCUUCGCAACGGUGGAGGUCAGAGAAGAUGGAGGGUCUGUGGCUAGAAACCCUCCCAGUGUGAGUGAUAUCCUGGUGGAGAUCCUCUUCAUCAUGGGUGAGGAUGAACCCACAGAGUUUAUCACUUUGAUUUAUGUGUGUUUACCUUCAAUCACAGCUUCAGAUUUCAGACGAGGUCCUCCUAACUUAAAAGUAAAUCCUUAAAAGAGAGCGCAGUGAUUUUCUCUGGAGGGUCAGUAGUUUCUGGAGCUGCUGAGAGUUAAUAAACAAAUGCUACUGAGAGAGGAGUAGUUACUUCAUGAUCUUUAUCUGCACAUUUGUUGCUGGGGUUUGAGUUUUCUGCAGUAGCAUUGAUGUUUUUCUAAUAGUUUCCAGCUCAGAGGAGCUCACAGCUACUGCCCAGGUAACAGGUUAUAGAAAAAAACAGGUAUGAGGAUCUUUACAGGCCCCCCAAUAGGAAGAUAGAACAACUGCAGCUCUUGGAAAAAAAACAGGAACAAUCAUCAAUCUUUGAAACACUAACACCCAAUACAAAAAAAAGUGGGAAUCAGUGGAGAAAGGGGUUUAUUGUGAAUGUAGAUUAUUUUAUUUUUUGUUCUUAUUAUGAAUUUUAUAUUCUUAUUUGAAUAUGUGCCACUUAAAACCACUUUAGUCGAGAUUUUUUUUUUUUUAUGCAAGAAGUAAUGAUGGUUCUGUUGGGAAAGCAACUGCAAAUGUGGAGAAACCUAUAGCAGGCAGAUCACAUCUCCACUUUGUUUCAUGUGCACAGAUGAAAAACCAAGGCGGGGAGAGCAGCAGCAAAGAUCCUGAGGGGGAAUCAGCAGUAUGGCUCUAUUCUGAGAGCUUCCUGCCCUUCCACGUGUAAAUGUGGAGUGCUAAAGCCUGAGGCAGGAAAAGCACACCUGCCAUCUUGUUUCAUGUGCUUUCAUGAAAAAUCAAGGCAGGGAGAGCAGCAGCAAAGAUCUUGAGGGGUACAAAACAGAGCAGCAUCAGUGCCAAACCAUAAGACUCUAACAUCAGUCACAACAUGCACAUGAAAAAAUGUGGGGAGAGCAGCAGCAAGGCCAUUUGCAGAAGAAGUGGGUCGGCAGGAUAAAGCAGCUUAAAUAUGUACUAUUUAUUUUUUGUGCCUCAGACAUCCUAUCAAAUUUGGUUCCUUUAGUGAACAGACGUGUCUGCUGUGUUUGUGUUUAUGUUUCAGACAUUGUGUUGAACUUUCGUACGACCUUUGUGAGCUCAUCAGGUCAGGUGGUAUACGACUCUCGCUCCAUCUGCGUUCAUUACGUCACUUCCUGGCUGUUUGUGGACCUGAUGGCUGCUCUGCCCUUUGACCUCUUGUACGCCUUCAACAUCAGCGUGGUGAGCAAACACAUAUACACACACGUCUGUGAAAAGUUAAAUCUUCCCUGUUUUCCUAAAAUCCUCCAUUCUGCUCGCUUUAUUUUCUGUUGUAGCUCCAUCAUUGAAGUAAGCAACAGUUAGCGGAUAAUUCAUCUGGUUAAUCUGAUAAAUGAGCUCACUGAUGAUGGAUUAAAAGUGAAGGCAGGUAAAUCAGUGGAAAGUGUGAGGGCCUGAAGGAUCAAGAUGAUGGAGGGAUAAAGUUCCUCUUACUUUUUUGGAGGGCGCUUUUCGUUGUUUGUGUAGAAAUGAAAGUAAAAACAUGAGAAAUGACAUGGGAUGCUAAAGUAGAUCCUCAGUGAGAGAUUAAAGCUGCUUACUCUAAACUCUCAACACAAAACUUGAGAUUUAAACUCUUUAAACUCACACACACGCAGCAGAAAGAAGAAAAGCGGACAUGAACAUACUUCUGCACAAGGUCAAACAGUGCUGCAGAAAUGAGUGAUUUUUGAGACAUUCGUGAGAUAGUAAGGUUUAUAACAACGGGUUAUACUUAGGGCGCGUUCACACCACCUUCGUUUAGUCUGGUUGAACCGAACACUGGAGUGUUUACCCCCUUGGUGCGGUUCGUUUGGGUCGGUGUAAACGCUAACCUCGAACUCUGGUGCGGACCAAAUAAACGAACUCUGGUCCGCCUGAAGAGGUGGUCUCGGACCGCUAUCAAGUGAACUCUGGAACGGUCCAUUUCUGGUGUGAGCGUCAUCCACACCAAUCACAGGAAACGCACCACACACGUCAUUUCCUACAUCUAGGCUAUUUGUAAUGCUGGUUGUGAAAUAAAUGUUGUCCUCUUACUUCACUUGUCCUGAUUGACAAGAAAAUGCAUCGGGAUAGGCCAGGGCCGGGUCUAGAAAAUGAUGACUAGGGGUGCAUCUCAGAUCAGAGGGGGUGCACAUGCCUGGCACGUUAUUCAACACUAAAUUAUGCAUUUUCCCGUCAUUUCAAGCGGAAUGAAACUAGUCAAACAAGAAUAUUUAAAAUGUCUUUCAUAUGCUUUAUUGUAGCAAAAUUGUUGUAGAAAAAGGAAAUGCAGAUGUUUCUUACUCUGAAUUUUUAACAUAGAAAUUCAAACUAUUUUUAACUAUACAGCUCAAAACCAUCACUAAACAUGACAGUCAUUCAUUUCAAGUGGAAUUCUACCAGUCAAAAAAGAAUAUUUUAAAGGGGACCUGCCACCAAAAUUUCAUACCCAUUUUUAUCAUUUUUUCAUAAUCCUUGAUGUCCUCUGAUCAUGUUUGCAACAUAAUUUUAGCUGAAAAGUUAUUUGACUUCCAGGGAUCUUUUUAGAGACUGCCAAUAGAUGUUUUUCUUUGCUCCUACAUAAUUCAAAUACUUUGAACCGGAUCUACUCUUUGAGUAACAAGUCAUGAUAUUUGGUGCUAUAUUGAUGAAUAUUUGCCUAAUAAGCCACUGGUUAUUGUUUUGUGUCUGCAGACUGUCAGGAUGUCUGAUCACAGAUGAAGGCUGUGUUUCUUUGGCCUCAGCUCUGAGUUCAAAUCCCUCACACCUGAGAGAGCUGGACCUGAGCUACAACCAUCCAGGGGAAUCGGGUGUGAAACAGCUUUCUGCUGGAUUGGAGGAUUCUGAAAUGAGUCUGGACACUUUAAUGUAUGUAAACAUACUGUUGAGGAUCUUCAGCCAGAUUUAUGAAAUGUAAAAGAGAACUUGGCAGUCAGACUUUUUCAGACCUUUUCAAGUUAAUCUCUCUUUCUCCGUCUUUCAGAUUGAGCCCGAGUGGGACACAGUGGUUGAGACCAGGUUUGAGGACGUGUAAGUAUGCCUAAGCUGGAUUUCCUGAAAAAAAAGAACCAACACUGUAUCAUAAUUGAGACAUCACUGUGAAAAAACAGGGGGAAUAUUCUGAAAAGUGAGAGAGAAGAGUUGUGUUUUAAUUGAAAUGAUUGACCUAAAAAAAACUCAGUCAAUGACACAAAGUUCUCCUUGUUUUUUAUUUUAGAUUUCUGUGA